GAGAGAGCGAGCUUCGGAGCUGCGGCGGCUGGAACAGGUCGCUCCACCCCGCCCAGGAUCAGGCGAGGGGGAACGGGCUGGGCUGCGGCUGCCAACUCGCGCGGAGCGCGUGUGCGAACUCCCGGAGCGGCGUCCCGCGCCCAGCCUCCUCCUUGCGGGGCGCGCGCUCCUCGCUCCCCGGGCCCGCGGCCUCCCCCGCAGCCCUUCCCCACUUUAACCCCCUUUGGCAAUCACAUGGCAUUUUAAGAAUGCCGGAAAGAUGGCGGUAGCGGCGGCGGCGGCAGCGGCGGCGGCGGGGCCGAGCGGCGGGGGAGGCGGCCGGGCGCAGCGGAGCGGGCUGCUGGAAGUUUUGGUGCGGGAUCGCUGGCACAAAGUUCUGGUGAACUUGAGCGAGGACGUCCUGGUUUUGAGCAGCGAGGAGGGCGCCGCGGCGUACAACGGCAUCGGGACCGCCACCAAUGGCUCGUUCUGCAGGGGCGCCAGCGGCGCGCAGCCCCCGGACUCGCCCGCGGGGGUCCGCACCGCCUUCACCGACCUGCCCGAGCAGGUGCCCGAGGCCAUCUCCAACCAUAAGCGCGGCGUGAAGGUGCUGAAGCAGGAGCUGGGCUGGUUGGGCAUCAGCAUCAAGGGGGGCAAGGAGAACAAGAUGCCCAUCCUCAUCAGCAAGAUCUUCAAGGGGCUGGCGGCGGAUCAGACCCAAGCCCUGUACGUGGGCGAUGCCAUCCUGUCGGUGAACGGGGCAGACCUGCGGGACGCCACCCACGACGAGGCGGUGCAGGCGCUGAAGCGCGCUGGCAAGGAGGUGCUGCUGGAAGGUAAGGGGUUAACGCCGCGCGGGCCGCGCACACACCUCCUCACCCUCUCACCGCACCCUCACGCUCACCCACUUGCCGGUACAGCCUAGGGGCCCGGCGUGGGGGGGGUGUGGCGGGGAGUUUGGACAACUUUAACCCAGCUGGGGGCAACUUGUCCCUACGCGAGAGUCGCUGCAGGCUUGGACCCAGCGGGGGUGUGUGCAAAGGCUGGGCGAACAGGGUUUCUGGAGCUACGUAGCAGAUGGUUAGGGCACCGUGUCCCAUUUUUACCCGCGGAUAAUCCGAGGGUAGCGUAGGGGCCCGGGAAGUGGGACUGGAAAUGAAAGGCAGCGGUCCAUGCUACGGUUAGAGCUCACUAAUCGCAACUCUCAUGGUUUUCUGCUUUGGCACCAUGUUCUUCUCAGAAGCCUGGGCAAUCCAUUUAAAAGGGUUGAGUCCUCAAGAAGACAGGGAGGAGUGGCAGU